AUGCUUUGGUCGGGUGGAAGACGAACACAAGGCAACGAGGUGACAGUGAACAUCGAGCGCACGAGUAGGAACUCGAGGCGAAUCUCAGGCAGUAUCGUUGUCAAUCGCCCGAUUGAGGACGUCUGGUUGACCUUGACAGACUACGACCGGCUGGCGAAGUACGUGCCAAACCUGACCCAGAGCAAGGUGAGGCCCAGCAACGACGGCGGGAUCCGGCUGUGGCAAGAAGGGGCCCAAAAGAUCGUGGGGUUCGACUUCAGGGCGUCCGUGGAGAUGUUCAUGGAGGAACACUUCGGUGACCCGGAGAAUAGGAUGGCGCAGCGGAAAUUGACGUUCGGGUUGCUCGACUCGCGAAUGUUCAAUGAAUUCGACGGGGAGUGGCGAAUGCAGUUCAACAGCCGCAAGCAAUUCAACACAGCUCAGGGGCCAGAGUACCAGUACACGACCAAGCUGUUCUACAUGGUGCACAUCAGGCCCAAGGGCCCUGUGCCAGUGCUCGCGUUGGAGUGGCAGAUUUCGAAUGAGGUGCCCAACAAUCUGGCCGCUCUCAAGCUGGCCGCAGAGGCGGUGACGCCGGAGUACGUUGAGAUGCGAAGAAGGGAGCGCGAGCAGGAGGCUGCAAAGCGAUUCGCGCCUCCGCCACUGGUGCUUGCGGGCGCCGCCGCGGCGGACGAGCGCGAGAAGAGGGAAGCCAACGCAAUCGCCAAGGGCGGCGCGGAGGCGUUCGUUGCCAAGGGGAACGGGGACGAAGGCUACGGCCAGCCCGAGUGGGAGUCGGACGAAACUCUCGAGGCGUACCUCAACACGAUGUCAUAAAGCGGGGCGUUGGAGGGGUAGCAAACGAACCUCGAGGAGUACCUCAUAAUGUCUUCGCCGGGGGGGGGGUUGUGGGCGUGUCGCGCUGGGCGGGAAAAGGUGGUCCAGUGUUUUCCGGGGGGGGUGGCGGGCUAGGGGGGGGGUACUCGUUGUUGUCGAGUGAUCUCCCGGGUGACAAGCAGUAGCAAGGACUAAAUGGGAGGAAAGAGGAAACAAAGCUCACUACAGUUUUUUGUAUUGUGGUAAGCCUCCUUGUCAGCGACCGACGUAUAAGACCCGUCACGUGAGAGGUUGGGGAGGGCCACACGUGGGGGCAAUCCAGCUUGACAGCGCGACAUGACGUUUGUGGUGGUCGGAUUAUUUUUGUAUGUACACCGUUCUGUGUCUUUUGUGAGAGUGAGACCCAGAUGUAGAUGUCGUGGAUUCUAAUUUCUACUCUGUUCGGUGGGAGAUUCUGUGGUGGUGAGCGAGCUUCAGAAAGUAGGUUCUCGUUCGAUUCGCGAUUGGUGGAAUCCUCUUCGUUUGUUUGGCUGGUCAUCUUGUGUCUGGGUGUAAUCGGCGUUUUCUCCGAGUCCCGUCGUGUCUGU